UAUGAUAUAUCUAAAAAUUCAAUUGUGUUUUGGAAUUCAAUUAAUGUUCUGAAUUUAUUAAAUUGUUUUUAGUUAGAUAGCAAAUAAUAUUUUGUUUCGUGAUCAUAAAGUGUAUUAAUUUUGCUUAUAAUAUUGUUUAAGCGUAUUAAUUAAGCUUUGAUAGAUAUUGUACAAAACAAUCGUAAAUUGUACAUAUUUUGUUAGUGUGAUAAUUACAGUUUUUUGCAAUGCCUUUACAAAUUGCAAUAUGAAUAUCUAAAUAAAUAAGUUAUGGCUUAUGACUUAAGUCUAUUUUAAUUUUAAGAGAGUCAAAAUUUUUUGAAAAGAACAUUAUGGAGAAGAAAACCAAUGAAAAUACUAAUGACUUAGAAAAUGAAAUACCGCUAACUGCAAUAGUAAAUAAUAAACAUAUAGAACAGACUAAAACAAUCGCAGCUAAAAAUAGGUGUCAAAAUGAAUUUAAAACAAACCCUGAGUUAUCUAUAGAUAUGAAAUAUGUUUGUCGAAUAUGCCUAAUGGCUGAAAAUAAUAUGAUUUCACUGAUGUCUACAGUUGGAUGUGAUUUGUUAGCUGAUAUAUUCACUUCUAUUUCUUCCAUAAAAGUUUCUUCUGACGAAAGCCUUCCAUUACAAAUAUGUGCUUCAUGUCAAGGUGAUAUCUUACAUUGCUAUAACUUCAAGUUAAAAUGCAACAAGACAAAUAACAUUUUAAGGUCCUUAUUAAAAGAAAAAUGUAAUAGUAACAUAAGUAGCUACGAUACUGGCCCUUCAGAUAAGGUGGAUCAGAAAACACUGGCAAUGUUUAAUGAUGUUAGACAAAUAAACCAUAUGCAACAUAAUGAAAUUAGAAUUAUAAAAGAAGAAACUUUUUUUAAAGAAGAGGAGGAGGAUGUGAAAAAAGAAAUAAAUGAGGACCAUGAAGAAAUUGAAUAUUUGGAGGAUGACAUAUUUUAUGAUAAUGAUGCUGACAACAAUGAAGGUGAUAGAAGAAGUGAGGAAAGACUUGAAUUAGCAGAUAGAAAAAAAAAUGUCAAUCAAAAAAGCUUUACAGCAAAAAAGAAACGAUUUAAUUGCAACAAAUGUUUUAAGAAUUUCCUAAAAUCAAAGACAUUGAGAACACACAUUCAGCAGUGUCAUAGCAGCAAAACAAUUACACCAUUUGCUUGUGGACAGUGCAAAGAUUCCUUUAAUUCUCAAGAAGAUCUCCACAUACAUUCGGCAUUGCAUGUAAAGGGUAACCACUGGACAUGCAAUAAAUGUUUUAAGGACUUUACAGAACGUAACAGAUUCAGACGUCACAUCCGGCGUCACAUGGAGACGAAGCGGUACCCGUGCGAGACCUGCGACAAAACGUUCUCGGAGCUGUGCGCUCUGCGUCGCCACGCGCGCGUGCACACCGGGGAGAAGGUCGAGAAGAAGUAUCGUUGCGAUAUAUGCGACAAAAGACGGGUGCGGGUAAUAGUGCGGCGGCGCUCGCGCAGGUUCUGCGACAGCAGCCAGCUGGCGGCGCACUCGGCGCGCCACACGGGCGUGCGGCCGUGCGCGUGCGAGUGCGGGAAGGCCUUCCCCUCGCGCCGCCUGCUGGCCUCGCACCGCCUCGUGCACUCCGACCUCAAGCGCUUCGCGUGCGACUACUGCGACAAGCGAUUCCGUCACGAGUCGACACGAAACACACACCACCGCACCCAUACGGGGGAGAAGCCUUACAUCUGCUCGAUUUGCGGCAAGACAUUCAUACAGAGCUCCAACCUCAAGCUACACAUGCGCACUCAUACGGGUGAAAGACCGUACACGUGUGACGUUUGCGGGCGGAAGUUUACUUCUGGCUCCUCAUUGACUUGCCACCGUCGCACGCACACCGGGGAGAAACCCUACAGUUGCCAUAUUUGCGGAAAAAGGUUUGCUAGGACAGAUAUUCGCACACACAUGCGCCAGCACACCGGCGAACGGCCUUUCGCUUGCUUCGUUUGUCCCAAGAAGUUUAUCAAUGCUGCACGACUACGUGACCACUAUCUCAUACAUACGGGUGAAAAACCCUACGAAUGCGCUAUUUGUAACGAGAAAUUCAAAAAGAAAAGUUAUUUGGCGAAACAUCUCAGAAGCCAUGAUAAAGAGAAAAAAGUAAAACAGAAAAAGAUUGUAAUUGUCCAACAAUUACCUUUCGUGAUGGAUAAUAAUUUAAUUUAUGCAGAAAAUGGAACUAAUGACAUUGCUAUAAAAGAAACAACAGAAUCGAAUGUUGACAAUGAAUAUGAGAAUAAGGAAGUUACUUUGGUUACAGAAGAAGUUCCUUUGGAAGUAUCCGGAGAGCUUGUAUUACAAGAUGACAGUAAUGUGAAGGCGGACCUCGUAGUGGUCAAUGUUGGACAUAAUAAUAUAAAUUACGAAGAGGGAGACAUAUGUUUAAAUACAAACAAUAUCAAUUUUGAAAAUGAUCCAAAUACACAUAAUGGUAGUUUGGUGACUGUGAAUGAAGGCGAGAUGAAUAUAUCGGAGUCCACUUCGGUCUUGGAGGGAAGUGCAGUGAAAUUAUACCAGUUAGACCAAAGUUUAGUGCAAAUACAUACGUCUGGCCGACAUAUCACUAUCCAAAAAAUUACUAGUAAAAUGACUACGAACUUUAAUUAAAAAGUAUUUAUCAAAAAAAUGAUAUGCAUGAAUCACUUUAAUAAUUUUUAAUUAUCAAAAUAUUUGUUUUGUUACUUAAUGUAAAAUUUACUAUCAAAAUUGGAUCGGAACUAUAGUCAUUAUUAAAAUAUAUAUUAUUCAAGAAUAUUCCUUAAUUAUAUUGUAGAGCCAGAUUUGAAUAAAUUGAAUUUUAUAAUCAAAUUUAGAUUUUAAUUUUGUAAUUCACUCGUUCUAAACUUAAAUUUAGUCAAAUUUUAUUAACGAAAAAUAUUAAAAAAAACUUAAUAUUAUUAGAAAUUCUUAAAAUUACUUAGUAAGAUAAACCGUAGAUUACAUGUUAAUUGAAAUAUCACUAUCUAAAUUCUUAAAAACUUUCACUAUAAAAAUCUUUUGUAUAGAAGAAGGUUUUAGCUCUUGCUCUUUAGCUUCUUGUUAAACAUUAUUAGAACGGUCUUAACUUACUAUGUCUGCAAUUGGGUAUUAUUUAAUGGUUAUGUAGAACUAGAUAAUACUGUAAUGUAAAUAUUUAUUUAUUUUCUGUCUGGGUUUUUUCGUUCGAAAUUUGCUUGUGUCAAUUUUUUUUAAAGCAUUAUAUAUACUUGUUGUAUAACAUCAAUACAUAACCUUUAUACUAUUUUUAUCUGGUAUCUUAUCACAAUCUUAAAUAAAUCUCCAGUGUUCGCCUUUUUAAAGCGGUAGAUCAAUACGGAUUAUAAGCCUUUUUUAUAUAUUUGCUGGAAAGGCAAACGUUUCCACGUUCCACCUGUUGGAAAGUGGUAGUAGAGUCCAAACGCGACGACGACCAGUACAGUCGGGAAGAAUGUUCUACACUAGCCCCCGCCUUGUCGGCCCGCAAGAUGCCUCUUCACGCCUCGUUUGAAGGAACCCGAGUAGUAAAAGGAGGGGAACACGUGAGCUGGUAAAGAAUUCCAUUUUUUGGAAGUGCGACAAAGAAAGGAGUUGCCAAAUUUCUUUGUGCGCGAUGGAAUUGAUGUCACAGUUAGGCGGUGUCAUCGAGAGCCAGCACGCGUAGAUUUAUGAAGGAAGGGGGAAGCAGGAAUUAGAGAGAAUAAUUCCUCAGAGCACUCGCCGUGAUACAGUCGAUAGACAGCGCUCAGCGCUGCUAUAUCUCGACGCAAUUGUAAAGGCUCGAGGGUGUUUGUCGAAAUAGUAAAACUGCAAAUUUUAUCCGUAUACAACUAGAUAUUGUCCUAAUUUUAGAUAUGUAACCCAUUCUAUGAUAUUAUAUUAUAUAUUCAUUUUGAAGCUUAAAUUUAUUAAAAAUUAAAUUGCCUUAAAUUUUUAA